UCAUGCUGAUAGCAGAGGACAGGGCCGGAUCUAGCCUGUCUGAUGUGGGGGUGCAAUUAAAAAUGUCAGGGGCACAGAGGAGGUCAACAAGGGCAGUGUACAGGGGGUCAGCAGAGCAGAGGAUAGGGUCAAGAGUUUGUAGGGUAGUGUACAGGGAUCAGCAAGGAAGAGAGGGAUCAGCAGAUCUGAGGAUAGAGGACAGCGGAGCUGAAUCCAGGGGUCAGCAGGGUGGAGGACAAGGGUCACAACUGGCAGGGCAGAGGACAGGGGUCACUGCUGGCAGGGCGGAGGACAGGGGUCACUGCUGGCAGGGCACUGCUGGCAGG